AUGUCUCAUAGACGAAAUAGUAGUUCUGGGUCCACGCGGUUCGAUGGCGAUCCCAAACAGCGCAGAAAUAGCACGUUCAGUUACACAUUGGGCAACGAUUCAGCAACAUCCUUCCUUCAGCAAAAUACUGUCUCCAAUGUAGAGUUUAACAAUGUCCGCAGCAGCCAGGACUCUCCACAGGAUGCCGCCUCACAUUCUUCUCUGCAUCGAACUAUGUCGUCUUCGACUACAAUCUCACGGCUCGGAACCAUGGAGACGAAGCUGACCCGAUUCUUCAACAAGACGGCAGAGAAGAUGAAACGGUCACCUUCUGACUCUCACGCGAACUACCAAUCGACUUCCAAUGACUCGGCUGCUUCAACUUCAACUCUCACAAAUGACAAAAACAAUGGCAACAGCGGCACGUUUUCGGCUAAGCUGAAAAGACCGGAUAAUCUACCGAUCCAGACAAACAUCAUGCCGUCAAAGGAGCUCAAGUCUCCGCUGGCUAGGACAUCUAAAGAAGUCGAACGAAUAGCCAGUUUCAGCACCUUGAACGACCAACAAACAAAACACAAACACUACCAUGGCAUUCUACGUUCGCGCAAAGACACCACCAAGUCCUCUUCGAGCUCUAACUCAAAAGUAUCAGCCCUGCACGGCGGUGAGAUGCUCUACUCGUUUCAUCCAUCUCUGGUAAACAGCUCUAUGACGGUGCAAGAAUUGCAAAACACCAUCACAGAGCUUGAGAAAAUGAGUAUCAAUAACUCCUCGUUGUCGGGAGACACAGACGCCAUAGCAGACGAAGCAUGGUCAUUGGUUUCGUCCCUGGUAUCACCCAUAUUCUACUGUGAGCGACUCAAAAUACCAAUAGAGGAGAUCAACAAGCUGGUCUAUCUCCAUCUCAGACUGCGCUCCAACCAGAUGCCGUCUGACCAGAUCGCUUACUCGCCUAUAGUUUCUCCAAACAAUUUCUCCAGUGUAUUUGACGGAGCAGCUGCUACUUCUCCCUACACUCCUCUGGGAGCUCCCACGCCUACUUUCACCUCAUCCGGGAGAUCUCCUCCCAGCUCUUACGGGACUAUGUCUCCCGUGAAGGGCUCCAGCAUCGUCCAGGAAAUACAAGAGUUCCUCAAACAGGGAAUGAACACCUUUCUUUCACAGUUAUACCAAGACGACACAACUAAGGAGUUCAUGCUUAAGCCCCGCGACCGCAAAACUUCGCCCACACGGGGGUCCGCGCUCUCCCUUGUCACAAGCGAACAGAGCUUCCGCGACGCCUGUGCAUUGCUCUGGGAUUACUUUUUUCAAGAUAUGCAUUUCUACCUACAGGGAGUAUUUUUACCCCUUGAAGAUGAAUCGUUCGAGGAGAUAUUGGGCGGCGGCUGGAGAGGCAAGCCGUGCGUGGAGAACAUUGUGUCUGUCAGCUUCCGCGACAAUGUCGUCAUCCCACUUUAUGAGAGCAUGAGACAGGCAGACGCAGAAAAAGAGCGCAGAAAAGACCGGACAAUGUCAUUUGCAACCAACUCCUCGGUCUCGCUGUCCCGUACGUCGCACGAAAAUCUCCGGGGAACAAACGCCGGCCGAGAACAGCAAAACAACGAAAAGCUGCUGCACUGUCUCUCAGUCCUUAACCGCGCAGAUACCAACGACACAAACCAGAAAAUUGUGGAAAAUCUCAUGCAGCAGAUGAGAGAAAAAUGCAACAUUAUGAAUAGACAGCCCUCCAUGAAAAGCAUGCUUGUUUAA